GUUUGGUUGAUGUUGUGUAUCCCACCUUCUUUUUUCACCUUUUUUGUGGUAUAUAAAAGGUUUUCCUGUUCUAGGGAGGGAAGAGGAUAUUCCGCUACUUGAUUAUUUUUUAAGAGAGAGGAAAACUUUUGGGUACUGUGGACGAUAACAAGAACAAGGAAAUAGGAAAAGAGAGGCGUAGACAUAAGACAAGAAGAAAUGGCACCAUCGGCAACUUCUGUAACGGAGGUGGUGGUUAAUCCGGAGAAGAAGGUCGAUGUUUCGAAGGGGUUGGAUCAGACUCCGCUUGAGGCUAUAAGUCAUGGGCCAUUGGUUUUUCCUGGUGAGUUUUGGAGGGGGAUUCUCUUUGUUUUCGUUUCUGUCUUUUUUGUGAUUUAUUUGUUUUUGAUACUUUGGAAUUGAAACGGCUCUGUUAUGAGGAAUUCUUGAUGUUUUGGCCUUGUAUAUGUUGAUGGGGAUGUUGAAAAUGCUUCUGGUUCAUUGCGUAUUUGUUUGAGGCCAGCUUAAGAAGUCGGAUUUUGGGACUCGGUUUGAUAUAGAACUUGGGAUUCUUUGGAGUUUCUUUCUUUGCUGUUAUACUGAGUAGAUUCUCCAUCACUUUUUCUGCCCUUUCUAUUUUCAGUCCCCCCAAGUUUCCAUCUAAGAACUAUAUCUAUUAAUCACGUUAUUUUGUUAUCCUCCUUACUAACAGACAAACAAAGGCAUCCCAACCUUCUCCAUCCCAUCAGAAGAACGUCGCCACAUCCUCAUCCACACCGCAGCCGUCUUCCGCGAUUUCGCCCGCAAAGGCUUCACAGAAGGAAUGUCCGGCCACAUCUCGGUCCGCGACCCCGAAUUCGAACACUACAUCUGGAUGAAUCCCCUCGGAAAACACUUCGGACUCAUGACAGCAGGAGAUCUAAUCUGUCUCGACGUGCGCAACGGAAAAGUCGUCGGAGGGAAUAAAACCAAGCCCGCCAACGCAGCUGGUUUCUUGAUCCAUUCGGAAAUCCAUAAGGCGCGUCCGGAUGUCCAUGCGGUAUGUCAUGCACACACCAAUGCGGGAAGAGCCUGGUCAGCUUUCAAUCGAAAUAUCGAGAUGACUUGUCAAGAUCUCUGUACGUUGUAUGAUAGCAUCGCUGUUUACUCGUCCUACGGUGGUAUCGUCUUCGCUGCCGAUGAGGGCAAGAACAUCGCCGCAUCUCUGGGGACCAAGAAUAAAGUCGCCAUUCUGCUGAACCACGGCCUUCUGUCUACGGGCUCGACGGUCGAUGAAGCGGGUUUCUUGUUUGGCUUGCUAGAUAGGGGAUGUGCUAUCCAACUGCAGAUUGAGGCUGCGAAGGCGGGCAAUCCGGAUCUAGAGAAGUGUCUUAUUAGUGAUGAGGAGGCGGCGUUUAAUUUUCGGAUGGCGAGUGAGAAACAUGCGUUGUAUGCUGAGAUGCAGCCGGAUUUGGAGUUUGAGUUUGAGAGGGCUGGACCGGGGGUUAUUGAGAGGGGGGUGGAGGGGAUGGUGGUUGAUCAUGGGGUGGAAUAG